GAGUACACAGCACAGCAGUAAGAGCAGUAAGAGCAUUCUUUCUUCGAAUUUGAGUGUUUCUGUCAUUCUCAGCUUCACUUUUUCUUUCUGUCUCUAUGGAUUCCUUUAAACCUCCCAACCUAAACCUCUUACCGUAAUUUGGAAUAGCCCUGCCCUCAAGUGACAGAAAGCACCAGUUAGGCAAGCAGACAGGCAGGCAGGCAGAGAGACACAGCGUUUUCACUCACUGAGUCUGGACUCGAGGAUAGAGAGGAUCUGUUCAGCAAGUGAGCAGAUCCCGGAAGCAAGCAGUGAGAUAGGCAAGCAGCAUACAGUAAUUACCAAAGGAUAUUUUAAUGAAAAGCUGGAUUAUGAGGAUUUGAAGAGCCAUUGCCGAAUACUGAAAGCUCUGGAUUAGUGGCUUUUUCAGUUUUUCCUGACACAAUGGGGAUAGACAGACGGCAGAGAGCUUCUCUGGCUCUCACCUUGAACUUCAUUGCACUGAUCUUUGCCAUCUCUGCCCUCAGCACAAGCUAUUGGUGUGAGGGGACCAGAAAAGUGGUGAAGCCUUUCUGCAAAGGACCAGUGACUCUCAAGCAGAGCUACUGCAUCAGGUUCAACAGCUCUAACAUCAACGACAGUCGGAUUGUCCAGUACAUUUGGGAAACUGGAGACGACAAGUUCCUAAUGAGACAUUUCCAUACUGGCAUCUGGUUUUCCUGUGAAGAAAAUAUAAAUGGAAUAGGAGAGAGCUGUAGAAGUUUUCUAAAUAUUGCACCAUCACACGAGAGGGGUGUCCUUUGGUUGUGCAUCGUUGCUGAGUGUCUGUACAUUGCUCUGUUGGUAACUGGUGGAAUUCUUAUGUCAAUAGAGAUAUGUCACUAUGCUAAUGUCAUCGACGGCUUGAAACUGAAUGCCUUCGCUGCAAUAUUUACUGUGCUAUCAGGUCUUUUAGGUAUGGUAGCACAUAUGAUGUUCACCACUGCUUUCCAGUUGACAGUAAGUCUUGGGCCUGAAGACUGGAGGCCUCAGACAUGGGAUUAUGGGUGGUCAUAUUGCCUUGCAUGGAGUUCCUUUACUAGUUGCAUGGCGUCUUCGGUGACCACGAUCAACAGGUACACAAAGACGAUACUGGAGUUCAAGCAUAAAAGGAGAAACAUUGAGAAAAAUCUUAAAGUCAAACAAAAGCUGCUUGACUUUGAGUCAGCUGACCAAGUCUGGGACAUGUACAUUAGCUCUGUGCCUAGCACAGCAGAAGAAUUGUUAGACCUCUCAAGUAAUGGCCGGAAAUUAUCCAACACUUCAGUUUUCUUAGAUCUCAAUGAUUUGCCAGAUCCACAGGUUGAAGAAUACUGUUAAGCACUCAAGCUAAAAAUUGUUUUCAACUACUAUCUGCACAUAUUAGCCCCUCACUUUUUAGCUAAUAUUUUUGUCCACCUAAAAUGAUAUUUUCAAACAAACAUUACUAUAAUCAUUCAAGGAAUACUGUGAAAAAUAUUUAAUACCGGUAGAUAGGAUUGUUUAUUGUUAUAUGGAAGCACAUUACUGUCUUCCCAGAUUUUCAGUAGUUUUGUGUACAGUAUGUGUGUAUGAGUGUUUGAGCAAAUGGUUGUACAGGUAUGUGUUAUUUGGUAACUGCCUUUUAUUAAAAAGAAGCUGUGAAAAGUAGAAGAAAUAAAAACCAAAAAAGUUAGCAUUAACUGGGCUAUGACUGUUCACGUGAAAUGAGGUCAGCUAGGCAGCACAAGAAUUCUGGUGCAUAUUUUAUAUCUUAAAAAGGGGUGCCAUUAUACAGUGAGAGAAAAAAUACAGAAACUGGAAAUGUACAGAUUAUGUUUCAUUUUUAUCUCACUUAUUUUAUUUUUGCACGGAACAGUUCUUUUGUAUUCAGUUGCUUUUUAAUUAUUGAAUUCCAAAGCUCAGAAUUUCAGUAUUUCUUUAGAUUUAAAAUAGAGGAAAAAAAGUCUUAAAAAUUGGUGCAGUGCCUUUUGUAGGAAUUUAUUUUUUGCUUCUCUUAAAAUUCGAACGACUAGCAGCAUUUUUAAACUUAGUUGUUUUCCUUCUAUAUUUUAGAAAAUUAUACUAAUGAUUUCACUUACAGUACAUUCAUUUCAUGACAAAUUUGGAAUGGGCAAUUUGGACCAAUUUAAAAUGACAGAGUAACAGAGUUAAUUUAUGUGCAAUUUAACCCAAAAAUAUGUUUUGAAAAGGUAAAUGUCUGAAAAACACUUUCAUAUCGAUAUAAUAUGUUAAAUUUGGAUGGUAAAAUGAAUAGAAAUCUAAAUGUAAAUUAUCUACUCAAAGAUGAGAAACAAAAACAAACAUCUGACCAACUGAAUGUCUUGAGCAUUUAGAAAAUGCUCAACUCCCUGUUCAGUGCAUCUCAGAUAUCAAGCGAGUGUCUUUUUAAGCAUGACAAUAAGUUAUUCUAAAUAAAUGUAAGUUAUUGUAGCAAAACAGGCAGUUCCAAAGUUAGCAGUGGACAUACUUAUAGUGAGGAUGUAAUAUUAGAGAAUUUCUCCUGAAGCUUAGAUGUACAGUAUCAUUGGAAUCACCAGGUCAGUGGUCAUCAGCUGGGUGGGGAAUUAGGAGCUGUAAAUCCAGUUAACAAAGUAGCAGAGAGAAUCUUGUAAAGAUCAGUAACUACCAUCCAGCCCUCAACAAGUUGGAAUGCUGGGUGCUGUGAGUACAGUGUUCCUGCUGUAAGCUGCAAAGUCCAGGUCCACAAAGUGUUGGAGUACCUGUGUGAUCUGGAUGCCAAGCUCGGUUCUGGUGUAACAAAGGAUGAAGCCAAUCAUCUACAGUAGGUAAUUCAAGAUACAGUACAUAGGCCCUACAGGUGAAAGAGGGCUAGGAUUACAUCUAUGCCCUGUAAAAGUGUCUCUGGAAAGACAAAUGGACAAUGGUAUGGGAAUGAUUGAGAAUACUCAGAACUGACAGAGCCAGUGCCUCAAGAGAUAAUGACUGCAUUUCACCUCAGUGGUAACCACAAUAUAUCAAUCAACAGAAACAGGCUUCAAAACAGUGCUGACUUUCAUAGUCAGAUAGGUACAGUAUCUAAUACAUGCUGUACAACAGACAGACUAUUGUCAGAGCAAAAAGAAAAAAAAGGCCAGGACAAAAUAACAGAAUAACUGUUUGUAAAAUGUGUGCUUUGUCAGUUUUGAUAAAAUAAGAAGUGUUACUAAUACUGUAUAUCAUUAAAGUAUGUACUAGAUAUAAGGGGAGAUUAACAUCGCCAAAAGGUGAUUGCACCCCAAAAUUCUGAAACCCUUAUCCUGAAAAGGCCUAUGUCAGAUCAAUAAUCAUGUGGUCUUCAUCAGCACCAACUGAAAAACCACUUGACACGACAACUAAACUGGCAGCUAUUUCAUUGCUGGCUAAAUAGAAAAAAAAGAUUGGCUUGCAUAUGUAUAAAUGUUUCUUCUAAUAGUGCAACUACAAUACCUGCCUUUAUCUUUGUGAGAUAUUUUUGCUUACCUAUAUCUCAGUACCAUAAAUAAUAUCUAAGUCAUACAAAGGAUAAAAGGUAAUAGUUUCUGCUAAAUGCUCAAUGUUUACAUCAGGACCAGUAAUUCGUUUUCAAUGGUCUAUGGAUAGAGACCCAAGAAACAAGAAGUUUGCUAGCAUUAGUUUAACACAUACAGUACGGUAAUUAGUACAUUUAAGUUGCUCAGAACUAACCUGAAAGGGACACCAUAAGAAACUUUGGCUUUCCAGGACCAGGUUUGGUUUACUCUAUGAAAAGAACAUUUUGACAAUAUCCAAAAAUAGUUUAUCUAAUGGUUGACUAAACAUUCCAUUGAUUUGAUGUCAUGUUAACAUUGGAUCACUAAAAUAAAACACUAUACAGCUGCCUUUCUUAGCUAAAGGCAACAACAUUUUAAGUUUACAGUUGCUGUUACUAACAUAUCAAAUCCCAGUUUAAGAUCUGUAAUUGCUUUAAAUUUGAAGGGCAGACAUAUAAUGAUGUUUUGUAUUUACCAGUGUUUAUGUCUGUUAACAAGUUGUGCCCACCAUGCUUAUGUAAUUUAAAAUACUGCCAAAGUAAUUAAUAAGCAGUGUAGAACUGUGUAGUCAACAAUAAACCUGUGUUAUAAUUAGUGCAAGGUGUUGUGUGAAAAUACUGUAUCUACUGUAAUACUGUUUUUGCACUUGUAAAAUGUUUUAUGGAUAGCAAAUUAUUUUAUUGGUUUUUGUUGUAUGCUUUUUAAUAAAGACAUAAAAGGUC